CAUUUUCAGAGCAACAUGGAGCUCAGAGGGACAGGAGAGACUCUGUUGUUUCCACAAGGGGGCGCUGCAGGGGGAAACGACAGCUGAAAACAUUAAGCAUUAUGUCUUGAUUCACAAACAUGUAACUGUGACAUGAAUGUAUUGAAGUGAUCAGUGCACUUUCUCCAAGGAUGAAGCCUCUUGCCUGUAAUCUGUGUAAUCUGUAGUGUGUAAUCUGUAGUGUAUAAUCUGAAGAGCAGCUGCAGCCUCGGCGUUAUUCAAACUGUGUGGAACGUCAGUCCUGAUGAAGGAGCUGCCACCUCCUCCUCAUCCUCCUCUGCCGCAAAGCCUCAGUCCACAUGAGAACAACAUCCAGCAAACAUCCAGAACCUUCCUGACGGCAGGAGGCAGAACCGAGUCAGGCCCACCCCCGCAGACCCAGACCUCCAGCAGGUCCAGACCAUCAGCAGGUCCAGACCCUCAGCAGGUCCAGACCCUCAGCAGGUCCAGACCUCCAGCAGGUCCAGACCCUCAGCAGGUCCAGACCCUUAGCAGGUCCAGACCUCCAGCAGGUCCAGACCCUCAGCAGGUCCAGACCCUUAGCAGGUCCAGACCUCCAGCAGGUCCAGACCCUCAGCAGGUCCAGACCCUUAGCAGGUCCAGACCUCCAGCAGGUCCAGACCCUCAGCAGGUCCAGACCCUCAGCAGGUCCAGACCAUCAGCAGGUCCAGACCCUCAGCAGGUCCAGACCCUCAGCAGGUCCAGACCCUCAGCAGGUCCAGAUCAUCAGCAGGUCCAGACCCUCAGCAGGUCCAGACUUAAAGCAGCCUCAUGAUGACAGUGGGCAGGAGGUUUGGGUUCCUCAGUGGGUUUCUGAUGGCCAGUAACAGUAAAUAUAUAAACACAUUAUAUUUAGAGAAAGAGUGACUUUGUAUUUUCAGUUAUGCCAAAAAAAGAAGAAAUAUUUUAUAUUUUCCUUUGAGGAUCAUGUUUGUAA